AUGACAACCCCAAGAAGGAAGGCUUGCGUCGAGUGUCGCCAACAAAAGAUUCGAUGUGAUGUUGAGCAACUCAAAGUGCCGCAUGAUCCAUGUGGACGCUGCAGGAAGAUGGGACUGGAAUGCAGAAUUCUGCCCACGUCGACCAGGAAUCUUCGACAGACGAAGGCAGAGAUGCGACGGGAGCUUGAGGAAUUGCGAUGGAAUAUGCGACACAAUCAAGUACAAGGAUCGGAAUCAACUUAUCCUCAUUCGACAGCGUCGCCAAAUCUCGACAUGCGAAACUACAGCCCACUCGAACCCGACUCGGGCACAUAUUCGAAUCCCUCUGCCAGGACCGAAGCAUCGAAUUCCCUUUCUCCAGGUUAUGAAUCCAGGCCGCCAACGAGGAAGGGUUCGGAGAACACGCUUCCACGCACGUUGGAUGGGUACAUGGUUGAUGCGAAGACCAUUGAUGCUUGCUUCUUACUAUAUUUUGCGCGAUAUCACGCGCUCUUCCCCCUCGUGGAUGCGACAUUAGGACCAAAUGAGUUCUACGAUCUCUCACCAUUCCUUUUCUGGGUCAUCAUCGUCACGGGAUCGAGAAGGUAUACUGAGGACCACACGAUUCUUGACAGGACAAGCCAGCUCAUCACACCACUCGCGUUUUCAUCUAUGGCUUUGCGUUCCUCCCAGAUUCCGGUCAUCCAAGGUCUUCUCAUCCUUUCCACCUGGCGGUUACCAACAAGCUCCAUGUACAAAGAUAUGACUCACCUACUGUGCGGUUCUGCAGUACAUCUGGCGACACAGAUUGGCCUUCACGUUUCCGGAAUAGGGCAGGAUUUUGCGCGGAAGCCACUGAUGAAAAAUGAGGAUGAGAAGAUCAAUCGCGCUAGGCUCUGGCUUUGUUGCGUUAUUGUGUCUAUUAGAACAAGUUGUUCCGAAGGUAUCCCGCCCUUUGCUGAUUCGUUUUUUGACUGUGACGAACGAAAUCGAGAAGACAUGGUUCCGUAUCUCCCACUUGAUCUGCAAUUCCUUCAUAAAGUUUACAUCAUCCUCCUACGUGCGAUGGUGGCUAUGGGAAGAACCGAUCUGCAAUCUAUCAAUGUCGAUGUACGGGUGCUGCGUUCACAUAUCAGUAUCUUUGAUUCCCAACUACACAGUCUGGCCCCCUCAUCUUUGAGCGAAACAGAUUCUCUUCAACUCAACUGUGCACGUAUCCAUGUACUGGCUUUCCAUUUCUUCGCCCAUCCCACCAACCCAGGCCCAGACGCAGAAGCUCUUUCUCGCCUUUAUGCACUUUGUGUCUCGGUUAUCCAUACAACAUACGCGAUUUCCGAACAAAGCAGCCUGCCAUCUGUUUCGCAGGCCUUCAUUGAGAGAACCAUCACUCUCGCAGGAUUCGCGAUCCUACGACUUGUCCGUAGUCCGCUUGCGCAGCAUCUCGACCUUUCUACAGGUGAACAAGCGUUCGGUCAGGCAAUUCAGUUCCUCAAGAACGUAUCUUUGCAACAAGGAGAUCUUGCCCACAGGACAGCCCAAAUCAUGAGUGAUCUUUGGAACAGCAAUAAGGUUUUCCGUAGGAAAGACGGUCGUCUUGAGUCAUUGGGUCUAAGGUUGAGAACUAGACUGAGUAUGAGUCUUAGCUACGACAUGUUCUGGUACUGGAGGGAGGAAUUCGGCAACAUGUCCAACCCCUACAACGGCGAGGAAGUAGCAUUGCCUCCGAGUGAUGUAACUCGACCCAACACACCUCCGUAUGCACAGAAUCAGAAUUUAGCAGGAAACCAGGAACCACAACGUCCAGCUCCAAGACCACACGCUCCUCUUAAACUCGAUCCUAGCUUAAUGAACCACAUGCCACCUGCCCCUUCAGUUAUGAGUUUCGAUACCUGGGAAGGGUCUGAUUACAACGUACCGCCAAUGCUGGAUCAAUUUCCUGAUUACGACUGGGCUGCUGGCUUCGAUUUCUCGAGUAGCGAAUUCCCGAAUAUCCCUGUUGGUCCAGUUGCCCCCGCCAAUCCGAUGAUGCAUGAGAACGUAGGAUAUAUGGGUCAUACGUUUGGUUGA